AUGGAGAUGAGUGAUAAGGAGAGGAUGGAAAUGUCCACUGUGGAGUGCAAACAUCUUUCUCCUUCCUGGCAAGGCAAUGGAGAUGCUGAUGCCGAAGUCGAGGUGGAGGAGGAUCAUCUGUGGCCAACAAAAGAUGGCCCUCUUCCAAUAUUCCUCAAGCGCGACAACGCAGUUCGAGAAUGUGGAGUACUGGGUGAAGAUGACUUUGAAGAACCCCCUCACAGCUGUAAGAGUGGCGUUUGCAUCCCAGAUGACGGUGGAUCAGGGAGUGUGGACCCCGGUGAGAUCCUAGCGCUGAUGGGCCCAUCUGGCAGUGGCAAGACCACCUUGCUCAAGAUCCUGGGAGGCAGGCUCGGUGGUGGCAUCAAGGGCCAGAUAACCUACAAUAACACUCCCUACAGCGCCUGCCUCAAAAGGAGGAUAGGAUUUGUGACUCAAGAUGACGUCCUCUUCCCACAGCUGACGGUGGAGGAGACGCUGGUGUUCGCCGCCUUCUUGAGGCUCCCUGCUUGCAUGUCCAAGCAGCAGAAGCGCGACAGGGUGCCGGCACACCAAGAUCGGCGGAGCGUUCGUGAGGGACUGAGGGGGGUGUCAGGAGGCGAGAGGAAGAGGACCAGCAUUGGGAACGAGAUCCUCGUCUACCCGUCGCUGCUCCUCCUCGACGAGCCCACCUCCGGCCUCGACUCCACGUCGGCGAGCAAGCUCAUCCUCAUCCUGCAGCGCCUCGCCAAGAAGCGGAGGACGAUCAUGACGACGAUCCACCAGCCGUCGAGCCGGAUGUUCCACAUGUACGACAAGCUUCUGCUCAUCUCCGACGGGCGCGGCAUCUACCACGGCAAGGCCCGGGACUGCAUGCACCACUUCUCCUCGCUGGGCUUCGUUCCGGAGAUCCCCAUGAACCCGGCCGAGUUCCUGCUGGACCUCGCCACCGGCAACCUCGACGACAUCAGCGUCCCCGAGGCGCUGCUCGGCGGCUCGCCGGACCCGCAGGAGUUCAGGCCCCAGGUCAUCAGGCAUCUGCAGCUCAAGUACCGGGCCGGUGGCGAGCCUCCCGCGGGGGGAAGGGGCGCCCACCGACCAGCUGCGGCUGGCGCUGCGGCAGUUCGCCGUGCUGUCUCGGCGCACGUUCCGGGAGCGCGCCUCCGACUACCUGGACAAGAUGCGGCUCGCCCAGACCCUCGGCGUGGCGCUCCUGCUGGGCCUCCUCUGGUGGAAGUCCCAGACCGGGACCGAGGCCCAGCUGCGGGACCAGGUGGGGCUCAUCUUCUACGUCUGCACCUUCUGGACGUCGUCGUCGGCUCGUCGCUGUUCGGCUCCGUCUACGUGUUCCCCGUCGAGAAGCUGUACCUGGUGAAGGAGCGCAAGGCAGACAUGUACCUGCUGAGCGCCUACUACGCCAGCAGCACGCUGUGCGACGCCGUGCCGCACGUCGUGUACCCGGUGCUCUUCAUGGCCAUCCUCUACUUCAUGGCGGGCCUCCGCCGCACCGUGCCGUGCUUCUUCCUCACGCUCCUCGCCACGCUGCUCAUCGUGUUCACCAGCCAGGGCACCGGGGAGCUGCUGGGCGCUGCCAUCCUCAGCAUCAAGAGGGCUGGGGUCAUGGCAUCGCUCGUGCUCAUGCUCUUCCUCCUCACCGGCGGCUACUACGUCCAGCACAUCCCCAAGUUCAUCCGCUGGCUCAAGUACGUCUCCUUCAUGCACUACGGCUUCAACCUGCUGCUCAAAGCGCAAUACCACGGCCACCUCACGUACAACUGUGCCAGCCGGGGCGGCUGUCAGCGCCUGCAGUCGUCACCGUCGUUCGGCACCGUGGACCUCGACGGCGGCAUGCGCGAGGUCUGGAUCCUGCUCGCCAUGGCGCUCGCCUACCGAAUCCUCGCCUACUUCUUCCUCCUCAAGCGGAUCAGCCUCACGCCCUUGUGA